CCCAUGGGAUCAGAGAGGACGGAGAUGCGCAAACGGCAGAUGUCUACGACCCAGGACACCCCAAGUGCUGCACAGGCUCAGCUCAGCACGGGAAAUCGAGGGUCCAAUGCCUGCUGCUUUUGUUGGUGCUGUUGCUGCAGCUGCUCAUGCCUUACUGUUAGAAAUCAAGAUGAAGAGAGAGCAAGGACAACAUCCCACGAACUACAAGCAGAGGGUAUUCCAAACUGCGAGGAAAGCCCUGCUCCUACUCUUGAAGAAGUAAAUGCCUGGGCUCAGUCAUUUGACAAGUUGAUGCUUACACCAGCUGGCAGAAAUGCUUUUCGUGAAUUUCUACGAACAGAAUUCAGCGAGGAAAACAUGCUUUUCUGGAUGGCCUGUGAGGAACUAAAGCAAGAAUCCAACAAAAGUGUCAUUGAAGAAAAAGCAAGACUAAUUUAUGAAGACUAUAUUUCUAUCCUUUCUCCAAAAGAGGUCAGCCUGGACUCCAGAGUAAGAGAAGUGAUUAACCGAAAUAUGCUGGAACCCUCACAACACACCUUUGAUGACGCACAGCUUCAAAUCUAUACCUUAAUGCACAGAGACUCUUACCCACGGUUUAUGAACUCUGCUAUUUAUAAGGACUUGCUUCGGUCCUUAUCUGAAAAACCCGCUGAAGCAUAGAAUUUAUUCUUAAAUGUAUUUGUUUUAAAACAAAUGGAACUCUGGGCUACACAAAUCCACAGGGAAUUUAGAAUUAAUCAGAUAUCCACCUGAAAAUAACUCAGGCAAGUUUUACUACAGACUGAAUUAUUUAAAUCCGCACUGACAGGCUCUGUCACAAUCAGCUAAAUAUGGUUUCUGAUCAAAUUCAGUGUUAUUUUCCAAAAGGGAAUGAACACAAUGAAGAGAAAAUGUUGUUCAAAAAUGCAGUAUUUUUUCAAACACAGCACACAACUUGGAAGCAAAAUUGUUACAAUGUGUGUCUGAGGUACAAACGCCAACUGAGCAUGAAAACUAAAAUUAAUUUUUAGUGCAGAGUUAGAAUUGUCUUGAAAACCAAAUCAGUUGCCCCAUCCACACUGUGACCCAAGUUAAAAAUAUUACUGUCGAUACUGUGGUACUUACUCCAGGCAAUGCCAUCAUACCUGGCAUAGGUACACUCUACUUGUUUUGGUAUAAAUAAUAUGUACAUGGUGUGCUAACGGAACUCAGCACAGCAAUCUCAAGUUUACAAAAGUUGCUGGUUGAAAUAAUGCUGCCUAUAUAAAAAAAAAAAAAUCUUUUGCUGAAAAGUUAUUAUUUUACUACUAAAAUCUGCUGAAAGCAUUAAGUUCUUAUUGUUGAUGUUUAUAAAGUUAAAUUAUUUACUUCAGAGGAAGACGUGUCUGGGCAUUCCAAUUCCAAAAUAAAGCACAAGAAUUGUCACAUAUUCUUCUUUUCCCUCAGUAGGUAUAUGUAAAAUCCUUCACUACUCACUCCCAAGAGGAUGGCAGUAUCAGCCAUCUUGGUUUUGUACAUAUUAAACUCCCCCAUUACCUGACAGAUCUUGUAAGGUUUCUAUUACAGACACACACACAAUUUAAUUAAUAAAAGCAGGAAGCUUGAACUAUUGUGUUCUGACACAGCACUAUUUCAGACUGUCUGACAGCACCAGCUCUAUCCAGUAAUAAACCAUGUUCAUUUACUAGUAUCCCCAAAGCAUCACACUUGAUUUCUUGUUAUAUCUCUAAACCAUUAAUCACAGGAAAUACC